GAGUCCCGUGACUCAUAGGAGGAGAGUGCCAAGGAGGUCAAAGCAGUACACCGUAUUCCAAUACAUAGCUAUGGCCAAUUUCUGAACGGGAUGGAUGAACACCAUCAAUUGGAGACGCUUGUCAUCCUAGAGAAUACUUGUUGUUCUCCAUGGACGCCCAUCACUGCAGCCACAACAUCUUCAACGCCAUCCCUGGUAACCCUUUUCCCCUCUCUCAUUGGUGGCGACAUCACCUCGUUCGGUGAUCCUUUCGGUAUCUGGAUGUACGCAGCGUUCAUUGCGUCCUCUCCCUGCUUAUCUGCGAUUGUUUCUGGAGCCAGGUGAGUG